UAGGUAAUCGUUGGCUUAAAAAAAUUGAUGAUGCAAAGCAAAGGCAUACAGUUCCAGUAAUGCUUGCAGAAAGAAUAAUCAAAAAAGAAGAUUGGAGCCACUAUGUACACACAGAAGACUAAGAUCUUGAAGGCAUCGAGUUUGGAAUACCAUCAGAAAAGAAAAAUAGGAUGCCAGAUCCAUUAAUACAAGCAACGAGAAUGGGCAACAGUGAGGUAGCUCUGGAAAUCCUCUCAGUCUACCCUGAAGCUGCGUAUACCUUCGAUGAAAAAGGAAGGAAUAUACUGCAAAUUGCAGUGGAGUAGAAAAAAAGGUUCUUGUAUGACUACUUGAUGCCUAGUGGUAUUGACAAGGAUAGGACGCUAAGUGAUACUGAUCACGAAGGAAAUAUCAUUAUACAUCUCGCAGCAAGUCUGGGAUCCCCUCGCAGCACUCCCCCUGGUGUUAGGAUGUCCUCUUGUUUAAGCUAGUACAGUAUGACUCUUUUCCAUAUCUCUGGCAACUACAAAAUUCUGAAGGGAAGACAGCAGCACAAGUAUUUGAGACGAACCAUGCGAGUGUACGCAAAAAGGCUGAGAAAACUAUGAAGGAGAUGGCCAACAGUGUGUUGAUUGUGUUUGUCCUCAUUGGUACCAUUAACUUUGCUACAGUUUUUACUGUCCCUGGAGGUUUCAAUCAAGACAGUGGAGACCCCGUUUAUCUCAUGUUGGCUGAUACAUAAACAGAAUUUCUUCACUAUAAAACAUAUGAAUGUUCCAUAGGCCAAAAAAUCUACCCUUUUUCGAAUUCAGAACUUUAAACGGGGUAGCAAGAGGAAGUGGAUGGCAGCACUUAGGAGCUUAUGUAAAUCUUGGGGCAUAUUAUCUGGUUGGAAUUCCUGUGGCUUUAAUACUGGGAUUUGCACUACAUUUAGGAGGAAUGGGUCUCUGGAGUGGACUGGUGGCUGGAGCCACGGUGCAAAGUCUUCUCUUGUCCAUUAUCACAGGCCUGACAAACUGGGGAAAUCAGGUGAUUGAAGCUAGACGCAGAAUAUAUGAAGGGGAAGAAAAAAAGGCCACUUCAGUGUGAGUCAAUUGGAUGGAAAAACUAGCAAUUGCAGGGCACAAAUGGGCUUUUUCAUGUGCUUCAUCUGCAGUAAAGUACAACUCAUGAAGUGAAAACUGCAUUUUGAGAAAGCUUAAUUGCACGAGGUGUAAGGGAUUCAAAGAUAUGCUAUAAUUCAUUACCAAAUUAUUCUUUUCCUGUAAACUAUUGCUAGAAUUUGUAUCCCAACAUUGGAAACGGGAUUCCUCAUAAGACCACAAAUGGGAUAGCUAGAAGAAUUUAU